AUCUGCAAGACUUUAGUUUGAUGAUAAUGAUGUCAAUACAAUACAUUGCAUGUUUGGUUAUCUCCAUUGCGCUAGUUCAGGCUGUCUAUAGUCAAGACCCUCCACAGCUGCCCAGGCCUGCGUUCUCCGCCGGACUGACCCACGGCGUCAACGUGAGUGACCAUGUCAACGUGACCUACGACAGGGUGUGGACCAACGUCGGCAACGGCUACGACCCUACCACGGGCGUGUUCACUGCGCCAGUGGAUGGCACCUACACCUUCCUUUAUCACGCUCUGGCUGAGUUUGAUGGAAUGUUGUGGCUAGACUUCUAUCAAAACUCUAAUUACAUCAGCUCCGCCUAUGCACACAUUGAAAAUCAAUAUGGCGCCACAAGUAACUCCGUCACAUUAAAUGCAAAAAAAGGUGACCAGAUGUACAUCACUGGUCAUGGAACGAGCAUUCUGUACGGAUUGUCUGAUGACGUGUACGCCACUUUCUCUGGCUACCUGCUUUUCCCUUCAACCACAAACACAGCUGCGGCUACAACCACAGCUCCUUAAUUUAACAAUUAAACACAUGGGUUCAUAAUA